UUUCAUACAUUUUUACGAUACAGCCAUUUUGACUUUGUGUGUGUGGUAAUUAGUGUCAACCACCAGUGCAGUCUAUUCAUCUCUACUCUAUCCACACUGCGAUGUCUCGGAAGAAAGAGAAAGAAGAAUAUUACCGGUUUUUCUCGGUGACAGAACCACGUACACAUGAGAAGGGACACACGGAAUAUAAAGUCACCGCAAGGUUUGUCUCCAAGCGUCAUCCAGAGGACGUCAAGGAGGUGUUAGUAUGGAGGAGGUACAGUGAACUGAAGAAGCUACAUGGAGAGUUGUCCUACACACACAGAAACCUGUUCAGGAGACAGGAGGAGUUCCCUCCGUUCCCUGGCGCUCAGCUCUUUGGUAGGUUUGAUGAAGGGGUGAUCGAGGAGAGGAGGAGUGCAGCUGAGGCCAUGCUACUGUUCACCACCAACAUCCCUGCUCUCUACAACAGCCCUCAGCUAAAGGACUUCUUCCGGUGUGGAGAGGUGAUCAGGCCGUUGGACCCAUCUCCUCUCUCCGCCUCCACCCCCUCCCUCCCCCCUCUCAUCCCCCUGCCCCACCGUCGAGGCUCAGACUGUGAACCAGAGGAGGAAGGGACCGAGGGCCCUAUCCAAACCCAGAACCUGGGCCUUUCACUGGGCACGGAUCUAGUCGAGCCUGAGGUGGCAACUGAGGCCUAUAGUGAGAUGGGUGCUAGUCCUACUCCGGCGGCAGUAACACCUACAGAAGAGGAGGAGGAGGAGGAAGAGUUGACGGACCUUCCUGAUCUACCCGGCGUCCUAAAGCUAGACGACAGAGUUCCUUCUCCGUUCCAGCCCUGCGUCCUCAGAACAGACCAAUCACAGUCUCAGGAGGAGUUUGAUUUGCUGUUCGAUUCUGUGAUGCGGGAGGAGCCUACAGAGGAAGUACCGCCCCCUCCUCUCUCCGACAACGACCUCGCCAUCUUUGACCCCUGUGCUAAAGAAGACCAACCGAGUGCAUCACACAACCAAUCAGAACUUCUGUCACUGCCCCUGACCAAUCCGGACGCCGGGGAGGCGGGCUAUCUGAGGCAGGCAGCCAAUGAGCUCACGGCUGCGAUGGCGAGCGAGAAGGAGGGAGAGUACAGUACAGCCAUACAAAAAUACAAGACUGCUGUGGAUUUACUCAUCACUGGAGUUAAAGGAGAUCCAGACCCACAACGUAGAGGGUCGGUAAAGAGAAGAACUGCUCAGUAUCUGGAACACGCAGAGACACUAGUCACACUGCUCACCUCCACACACACCUCGCAGGACUCACACACACACACUGAGGAGAAGGACUCGUAAACACACACAUGAACGGGACACUGAAA